UGAACAGUGCCAAUAAACGAAACGAAAGUGCAAAAGAAAAUCUAUAGGAGAAACAAAAUCUAUCGAGAUCACGCACUGCAUGCUCUGUUGUGCAGCGCCCAGUGUGCAGUGGCAGUUACGUUGAGCCGUUUUAGCAACAAAGUAAGCGACUUUCAGCAGCGCGAGUGGUUGAGCAAUUGAUUCACUCGAGAACAACGAUCGCUCGAUUACGUGAGAAGAAAGAAAGUACUCCACGCCUGGUUGCGCGAAGGGGACGGGAGUGUGUAGUGUGCGGUGCUUACAGUGUCUAGCGCGCUGGACAGUUUGCGCAGCGGAAAGGUGAACGUGAAACAAAGUGCCAAAAUCGUCCGGGAAGUCGUCGCACGUACGCGCAGGAUACACAAACACACUCGAACACAUACACAGCCGUACGCCAAUAUUGGGGGAUUAAUCCGAUCUCUCACCGGAGUGAGAUGAACGCGACGAUUGGAGUGAGAAAGUGAAAGGCUGCUGUGCGGUUUUGACAGUUCAAGCUCAUCGUGCUCCAUCUCACCCCAAAGCAAAUACUCCUGGACCGAAUGCGCAGUGAGGCUGUUGUUUUCUGUUGCUGAUCUUUUUUACCAUCGAUUUUUCCUUACGAUCAUUCGAUACGAUCAGAUUUUGUUACCUAUGUGAGUCACUGUGUUGAACUAGUUCGAGUGUUUCGUGCUGUAAGGAAGAUACGAAUUAACUGUUAUUUCGGUUGUUGCCCUUAGCAACUGACCGAGCAACCGUUGGCAAACCGUUGCCGUACGUCCUAUUUCGUGGGCAGUCUAUUCGGUGCCGAUCCGUGCGCGGGGAUCGGUGUUUUUUUACCCUUUUUUUGUGACAAACCGGUAAGGGAUUACGAUCCCGCAAACGCUACAACACUGAAAAAGUUAGUGCAAACCCGUCUCAAAAUGAUCCGCGACCCGGGUGGUUCCAGUCCCAACGAGAAUCUAGAUUCGCCACCAUCGCCAAAGUACGAUCGAAUAGCCGUGCUGGGGAGACCGCCGCCGCCAUUGGACGACACGGAAAUUCCGCUGGACAUGACCGUCCGGCGGAAGGAUUCAUCCGAUGGGCAGGGAUCCCCACCGGGUGGCGAUCAGUCGCGGGACGUGCCGAUCAAUUUGAAUGUCCGGCCGAGUGUGAUAACGAAAGCACCACCACCGCCUAUCAAGAAGCGAAUCAGCCAUAUGCACACCAACGGUGAAAUUGUGCUUAAAAGUAGCGUUAGAACGAGCUCGUCCAGUGUCGUGGAUUCAAAGCCGAUCGUGCACGUUUCUUCCACGUACUGUGAUGUUUCGAUCGAGGAACACUUCCGGCGAUCUCUCGGCCCGACCUACAGCUCGAUCUACGGUGACAAACAGCAGCUACAGCAGCAACCGUCCGCCACUGCCCUAAACGUGCUGAACAACAACAGUAGCAGCAGCAGCAGCACGGUCGGGCUUGGUUCAUUCGCAGGGCUCGAUCCCCAUCAGGCGCACCAAGUGAAACACCCACUUCCGGUGCCAAUGUUGCUGCAAAAGCACCCAAUGGAAACGUGCGAAACACCACCGAUCGUAGCGAUCAAUAGUGUGCCAGCCAGGGCAACUGGUGCGGGCGGUAUGAGAAAUCACAGCAGCAGCAGUAUUAGUUCCAGCUCUUCCGUUUGCUCCAACAGUAGCAGUUCCAGCAGUAUCCUAAGCCACAGCAAUAGCAACAGUAGCAACAACAGCAGCAGCUGCAACGCCGGCGGCGGUGGCGGCAGUAUCCACAACAGCACCAGUAACAGUAAACCUAGCAACAACAGUAUCAGCAUCCGCUCCAUACCGAUCGCCAGCAUGGGAGGAAUACGCGUCGUCGCACCGGAUACGAUCAAGCUGAAGCUCUCGAGCGAUCCGGCACCGCCGAUUCCACUGAUGCCCGCCACCGUCUUACCACCGUCACCCGGGGCACCCUCUCCGGCCGCUGGGUUGGUCGCGCUGCCGACCAACGUGGCCAUAUCCUUAACGUCGCCGAAGCACCAGACGGUGACAGCAGCAACGGCCCAUCUGCUCCAGCAUCCACCGCCACCCAUUUCACCGGCAUCGAUGACCACCACCGGGUCGCUGUCAUCCUCAUCGCCGUCCUCGUCGUUGGCCUCCUCGCCGGCUCCGUUCCUUUCGCUGCACCCGCAGCACCCACACCAGCAGCAGUUGAAAAGCAACAGCAUCGACUCGGGCGGUGAGGUCGACGAUCAUUUCGCCAAAGCGCUCGGUGAUACUUGGAAGAAGAUCCAGGAGAACAAGAUGAAUUUGUGAGUGCCUUAUGCGAGCGGAACGAGGGGGGCAUAUAUUUAAGGUGGCGGCGGUGGAAAGGUUUUCGAUUGGUGGGCCCAACGGCCGCUUCUUUUUUAUCACUGAGCUUGAAACUGCGGUAGAAUGAAUCUUUUUCUUUUAUUAUUUUUUAGGUGUUAAGGAGGUCUUAUUUUAAACUUAUUUUAAGAUAUUUUUUUACACCCCCGCCCAUAUUUUAUAAACACCUGUUUUUUUGCUUUUAGAGUAUGGAUAACUUUUCAAUCUGGUAUUGAUUUUACCCCAAAAACGAGGCGAUUGUUGUUCGAUCGACAAGAGAAACACGUACCCUUUGAACACGGUACACUUUUAAUAGUGAUGUACGAUAUUUUGUGAUUGUAAACGUUUUUCAGGCUUAGCUGUGCUUAAAUGUGGGUGCAAGUAAGCAGAACAAAAUAUUGUCUUUCGAUGGGCAAUCGGUGUGCUUCUUCUUUGGUUUGCCUGGUGGGAGUUGUUAGUUGAAGGCACAGUUUCAGUAGUGUAACUUCUAUCAAUUAGUACUUUUUUCAAUACGAAAAUCGGAGCAAAUUUCAUUUGACUUGUUCAGAACGAGUGCAUUUACUAAUUCCUUGUUGUUUUUGUUAUAGACGUAAUGUACAAGAAUCGUAACCAUUAGUGUGGCAUACCCGAUCGUGGAUGAUUGUAAAAGAAGUUUCUAAGCUUAAGAUUGGCGAUGAACAAAAACAAGAUGAAAUCAGGAAACACACAAACAGUGCGAAAGAGGAUAUUUCAAACGGAAAAGAGAACCUCCUGAAGCUAGAAGCUAGAAGAUGGGAGGAAAACAAUUGUGAAUGAACCUUAGCCCGUACUUGAUGGAAUCGUACUGAAAGCGAACUGUAAGAAUGAUAUUCGAUACAUUUAAUGUAAGAUACGGUGGCUUCCAUCCUCCUACCCCCAAAACGGUAGUGUAUGCAUCCUUCGGGCGGACUGGAAGAACAAGCUUCAACCGGGUUAGCAAUAAACUUUUUUUUAAAAAUUACAAUAA